AUGUCAAGUUAUGCCAAAUUCUUGAAGGAAAUAAUUUCAAACAAAAGAAAGUUGGAGGAGUUUGAGAUGGUAAAACUUAAUGAGGAAUACUCAGCAAUCCUACAAAAUAAAUUACCUCCAAAACUCAAGGAUCCAGGGAGCUUCUCUAUUCCGUGCACCAUUGGCGAAAUUAAUUUUGAUAAGGCUUUAUGUGAUCUUGGUGCAAGCAUUAAUUUGAUGCCCUUUUUUGUCUUCAAGAAGUUUGGGAUAAAGGAGCCAACACCUACCAUUGUUUCUCUUCAAUUGGCUGACAGAAGUAUCAAACAUCCAAGGGGAGUAGUGGAAGAUGUUUUGGUAAAAGUAGAUAAAUUUAUUUUGCAUGUUGACUUCAUUGUAUUGGAUAUGGAAGAAGAUUAUGAUAUGCCCCUAAUUUUAGGGAGACAUUUUCUUGCCACAGGAAGAGUUUUAAUUGAUGUCCAACAAGGAAAACUUAGCCUUAUAAUUAAUGAUGAGGAAGUUAUUUUUAAUGUGUUUAAGGCUAUGAAACAUUCCAAUGAUGAAAAAGAAGUCUUAAUGAUUGAUUGCAUUGAUGAUUUGGUAGAUAGAAAAUUUCAUGCAUUUAGAUUAGAUGAUCCCAUAGAAAAUUGCAUUACUAACUCUUUUGAUGUGAAUGAACAAAUUUUAGAUGAGAGGCAUAAGGAAGUUGUAGGCUAUUUGGGAGAAAAGCAAAGAGGAUUUGUCACAAAAAGAGAAAAAUUUGUGCCUUUGGAUAUAUCUUUUUCUUAUUCAAAAGCCAAGCCAUCAAUCGAGAAGCCUUCUACUCUUGAACUUAAACCUCUUUCUUCGCAUUUAAAAUAUGUUUAUUUGGGGAAUCCAUCUACCUUACCUGUGAUUAUUUCUUCUUACUUGACAGGUCUUGAAGAAGAAAAUUUGAUAAGGGUACUUAGGGAACACAAAAGGGCAAUUGGAUAG